AUGAUUUUACACAAAUCAAUUAAACCUAUAUUGGCUUAUGCGUUACUUUUACUCCUAGCGAUUUAUACCCAUAUCCAAACCGUUGGUUCAACCACCGAAAUCUCUGUCUCACUCGCCAAUUUGAAACAUAGUUUGGUCACAAGAAGUAAAACGUUCUCUGAGAAUGAUUUUCUUGUUUGGCGAAGGGAGCUUAGAAGCAGUGGUGGAGGCGGAGGAGGAGGAGGUCGUGGGGGCGGAGGCGGUAGCAGCGGAGGUCGUGGCAGUGGUAGUCGUGGUGGCGGAGGGAGUGGUAACAGCGGUACGAGCAGCGGUUCGAGUAGCGGUGACUGUCUCAAGCAUUAUGGUCUGUCCAAAAGACUAAUAUUCAUCGGUUUUCUAGGGGGUUUAGUUGUUGUAUGGUAA